AUGUUCGAGUGCAGGACGGAGGCCGUGGCAGACAUCGUGAUCCUGGUGGACGGAUCCUGGAGCAUCGGUCGCCUCAACUUCCGUCUGGUCCGAACGUUCUUGGAAAACCUGGUCAACGCUUUCGACGUGGCCUUCGACAAGACCAGGAUCGGUCUGGCUCAGUACAGCGGGGACCCGAGGAUCGAAUGGCACCUGAACACUUUCACCAACAAAGAGGCCGUCAUCGAUGCCGUGAAGAACCUCCCCUACAAAGGCGGGAACACUCUUACCGGUAACUUUAACUAUACUUUAGUUUCACCUCCGGAUAUUAUUAGACUCUGCCAUUAUCUCCCUCUGUCUCUUCUGCCUCCUCUGUCUCCUCUGUCUCCUCUGCCUCCUCUGUCUCCUCCCCCUCCUCUGUCUCUUCUGCCUCCUCUGUCUCCUCUGUCUCCUCUGUCUCCUCUGCCUCCUCUGUCUCCUCCCCCUCCUCUGCCUCCUCUGUCUCCUCUGCCUCCUCUGUCUCCUCCCCCUCCUCUGCCUCCUCUGCCUCCUCUCCUCUCCUCUCCUCUGCCUCCUCUGUCUCCUCCCCCUCCUCUGUCUCCUCCCCCUCCUCUGCCUCCUCUGUCUCCUCCCCCUCCUCUGUCUCCUCUGCCUCCUCUGCCUCCUCUGCCUCCUCUGCUUCCUCUGCCUCCUCUGUCUCCUCCCCCUCCUCUGUCUCCUCUCUCUCCUCUGUCUCCUCCCCCUCCUCUGCCUCCUCUCUCUCCUCUGCCUCCUCUGUCUCCUCUCUCUCCUCUGCCUCCUCUGUCUCCUCUGUCUCCUCCCCCUCCUCUGCCUCCUCUGCCUCCUCUGCUUCCUCUGUCUCCUCUGUCUCCUCCCCCUCCUCUGCCUCCUCUCUCUCCUCUGCCUCCUCUGUCUCCUCUGUCUCCUCCCCCUCCCCCCCCCCUCCUCUGCCUCCUCUGCCUCCUCUGUCUCCUCCCCCUCCUCUGCCUCGUCUGUCUCCUCCCCCUCCUCUGCCUCGUCUGUCUCCUCUCUCUCCUCUCUCUCCUCCCCCUCCUCUGCCUCCUCUCUCUCCUCUCUGCCUCCUCUGUCUCCUCUCUCUCCUCUGCCUCCUCUGCCUCCUCUGCCUCCUCUGCCUCCUCUGCCUCGUCUGUCUCCUCUCUCUCCUCUCUCUCCUCCCCCUCCUCUGCCUCCUCUCUCUCCUCUGCCUCCUCUGUCUCCUCUCUCUCCUCUGCCUCCUCUGCCUCCUCUGCCUCCUCUGCCUCCUCUGCCUCCUCUGUCUCCUCUGUCUCCUCCCCCUCCUCUGCCUCCUCUGUCUCCUCUGUCUCCUCUGCCUCCUCUGUCUCCUCCCCCUCCUCCCCCUCCCCCCCCUCCUCUGCCUCCUCUGCCUCCUCUGCCUCCUCUGUCUCCUCCCCUUCCUCUGCCUCGUCUGUCUCCUCUCUCUCCUCUACCUCCUCUGUCUCCUCUAACUGCUUCAAACCGGAGGCGGGCUCUCGGCCAGGCAUUCCCAAAAUUGGAAUCCUCAUCACGGACGGGAAGUCUCAGGACGAUGUGGUUCCUCCGGCGGAGAGUCUGCGGGAGGCCGGAGUCGAGCUGUUUGCUAUCGGAGUGAAGAACGCGGAUGAGAACGAGCUGCGGUCCAUCGCCUCGGAGCCCGACACUCACGUCUACAACGUGGCCGACUUCAACGUCAUGAGUUCUAUCGUGGCCGGACUGACCAGGACCGUGUGUGAGCAGGUGGUGCAGCAGGACAAGGACAUCAAGCUCAAGUUUGUCGCGGAGCAGGGGCCUCCCCUGGACCUGAGGACCUCUGAGGUCUCAUCCCGGAGUUUCCGUGUGUCCUGGACUCCUGCUCCUGGAGUUGUGCAUCAGUACAGAGUCGCCUACUCCGCCCAGGAAGGAGGGCUGCAUGAGGCGGUGGUGGACGGCUCUGAGGCCUCUGUGCUCCUCGAGAACCUCAGCUCGUCCACAGAGUACCAGCUGGCGGUGUUUGCAGUCUACGAGAGCGAGACCAGUGAAGCCCUGAGAGGCACCGAGACCACCUCGGCUCUUCCUGCGGUGAGCAGCCUCCAGCUCUUUGAUGUUUCUCACAGUUCGAUGAAAGCGAGAUGGAGCGGAGUGGACGGCGUCUCUGGAUACAUGCUUCUGUACGCUCCCAUCAGCGAGGACGCCGACGCCAACGACAGAGAGGUGAAAGUGUCGGACGCCGUGACGGAGCUGCAGCUGGACGGACUGUCGCCGCACACUGAGUACACCGUCACUGUCUACGCCAUGUUCGGAGAGGAGGCCAGCGAGCCAAUCACCAGCCAGGGAACCACUCUGCCCCUGCUUCCUCCCAGUAACCUGCAGUUCUCAGACAUCUCCCACAGCUCUGCUCGGCUCAGCUGGGACCCGGUGGGCGGAGCCAAAGGGUACCGCGUGACGUGGGAGAAGACGGACGCCGCUGUCACUGAGGAGAUGAUGAUGGGUCCCGUGUCGUCGUUUGAGCUCCGUAACCUGACGUCUCUGAUGGAGUAUUCUGUGGCCGUCUCUGCUCUGUACGACGAGGGCGUGUCCGAGCCUCUGACCGACGCUUUCACCACCAGUGAGACCUUUAAAUAA